UUGUACAAUUUUACACUUUGGUUUUUGAUGGUUUUAUUUCUCUUUCAUGCUUUUCUAUUUAAUUUUCGAGUGGAUAUAUGGUGCAGACUGGGUAUUUAUUCACACAAUCAGUGAUUUGUGAAUGCGUUUGUUUUAUGAUGUUACUAAAUCCAUAAGGAAUCCCACAUUGUGCAAGAAUGUGCAAUGAUAUUUAUCUUCCAGUGUAUUCUUUUCCUUUAUUUGUGCUAAUACAAUAGCAAUAGCCCCCAUGUGUAGACCGCAUCCCACUCCAGACGCCCACUUCAGUCCAAACAUGCGGCCCAGUGCCACAGAUCGAUAUCAUGUAACACUGAAAGAGGAGAAACUCACAAUCAAAGCGGUUGUCAUGGCAACGGCCCAGCCGGAUUCCACCAAUCAAUGCGCUUCAUGAGGCUGAGAGAUGCUCAGCGAUGUGCCAACGUCCUACAUAAAGAGUGUGGGACAGGGAGACUGGGCAGCACACAGAGAGAGAGGCUGGAGUAAAGCAAGGAAGGACAACAUUAAUAGAGGACGAGAGAUGGUGUACUCCGGAGGAAGCGUUCCUGCCGUGGUCUGUCUGGCCAAACAAAUCUCCCAUUCCUGUCCCACAGCUGCAUUAAAGUCAGAUGUGGUGUUGGAGAACAGCGCUACCACACUGAACCAUUCAAUGGCGCUGGUGCAGCGCAUGGAGGCCCUUCUGACCCAGGGAAACGGCAGUGACGUGAUCCUGCGUGUUCAGACCUUAAACACGGACGAGGUGAAGCUCAUCCAGGUCCACUCGCUGGUGUUGACUCUACAGAGCAACGUGUUUGAUGAGCUCCUACAGACCAGAAACUCCACUGCCAUGAUCCUCAGAGAGACACCAGACUGUGCAGCUGUCUUUGACAAGUUCAUUAGGUACUUAUAUUGUGGUGACAUCACAGUGCGUCUGAACCAAGCCAUUCCUCUACACAAGCUCGCCAGCAAGUACCACGUGUGGGACCUCCAGCAGGGCCUCACCCAAUACAUGACCCAGCACCUGUCCAGCGACUCACCCACGGGUCACGUGGUGAGCUGGUACCAAUACGCCACACAGAUUGGGGAUGUGACCCUGCAGAACAGCUGCCUGCAGUACCUGUCCUGGAACCUGUUGUCGGUUCUACAGAGCGCCGAAUGGAGCUCCGUGAGCGAAGAACUCCUGCUUACUUUGCUGCAGCGUUCAGAUGUGGUUCUACAGAGUGAACUAGAGCUGUACGAAGCUCUGGAAGCCUGGAUCAACCAGAACCAGCCCUCAGUUGAGACGGCCAAGAGCGCACUCAAAGCAAUACGCUACGCAAUGAUAUCACCUCAACACUUGUUCCACCUACAGAAGAAGUCGUCUGUGAUGUUGAAAUAUUACGAAUCGGUACGUGAUCUGCUCUUCCUAGCCUUCCAGUUCCAUGCAGCCUCACCCGUCCAGCUCGCAAAGUACUUCGAUGUAAACUGCAGCCUCUUUACACCUCGUAACUAUCUGUCGCCAGCAUGGGGCUCUCCCUGGGUCAUCAACAACCCAACAAGGGAUGACCGCAGCUUUAGUUUUCAGACUCAACUUGGACCGAGCGGCUAUGAUGCUAGCAAACGCGUGACCUGGAACGCUCUUUUCUCUCCUCGUUGGCUUCCUCUAAGCGUGCGGUCUGCUUAUCCAGAGCAGGGGUCCCUGCAGCCCACUCGUACUGAUGGAGGUCGUCCGCGGAUCAUCGUCACACCGGCCACCUCGAGCCCAGACUUUGCUGGCGUCAGCUUUCAAAAGACUGUCAUCGUUUCAGCCCGGAAGCAGGGGAAGGUGGUGGUCCGACAUGUCUACAACUUCCACCAGAGCACAGAGGAGGCUGGAGACUUCUUGUUGGAAGCGGACCUGCAGCGUAGAGCAUCCGAGUACCUCAUUGACAGCUCACUCUACCUGCACAUUAUUGUGAAGCCCCUCUAUCACAGCCUCAUAGUAGCGAAAAAGUAAGAGUCUUGUUCCUCUAUCAAUGAUUUCUGAUGCCCUAUAGCUUUGAAAGCAAGUUCUACAUGUCCAAAUUUAUUUACAUUUAUGGAUUUGGUAGAUUCUUUUAUUCAAAGCAACUUAAGUUGCAUUCAAGGUACAGAUUUACAUUUUGGUUUAACACCCAUUUGGACUCAGUUUUGAUUAGCACAAAACGAAAUCAAAAGUGAAGCUACUUUCAUAGAUUUUCCUAUUGCAUUCUGGUGUGUAAUACCUAUUUUUCUCCAUUCAGUCAAUUCCCAAUGGAUAAAUUCAAAGUCCAUCCUUCUCUUUCUCAUUUAAUAUCCUGUUUCACUUUGAAAACAGGAUAUUACAGAGAUAAAAUGGGUUUUGAAUGGUUACUUCCAUAACCAGUUUUUACCAUGAUGCAUGAAAGCUCACCCUAAUUUAUUAGUACUUGGAAAUAACCAUUGUAAUAUAGAAACAUUUGACUUAAAAUUGUCAUCCCUUAAGUUGUAUGGUGAGCAUGCUGAGUGCUUUCAUAAAAAAAAAAAAAAAAAAAAAAAAAUUCUGAUUUGAUUUUUUGCUCACUUGUGUUAUAUUGCAAUUCAUGUUAAGUUUCAUUAAAAUCACAAUUUAUAAACCCA